GACUCUUAUUUUGGGCGGCACGGGUUCCCCCUCCCCUCAUCUCCGCUUACGCGAGGAGGACGGAGCGAGCACGCGCUCCCAACCUCAAAUGCUGCCCAGUACGAAGCGCCGCGUAACUAGAGGCGGCAUCGAAGAAGCUGCAAAUGGACAACAGAAACUAGAUUGAAAAGUUGGUGACCAAUUGAAAUUUCAACAUUACAACUAUUUGGAAUGUAAAACUGUAUUUUAAUGUCAUGAUGGACCAGGGGAAGUGGGCUAAUCUGAGUCCUUCGGAGUUUUCUCAGCUUCAAAAAUAUGCAGAAUAUUCAACAAAGAAAAUUAAGGAUGUUUUAGAAGAAUUCCAUGGCAAUGGUGUGCUAGCAAAAUAUAAUCCUGAAGGGAAGCAAGAUAUUCUUACACAAAAAAUUGAUUUAGAAGGUUUCAAGUUAUUUAUGAAGACCUUUCUUGAAGCUGAUUUACCAGAUGAAUUUUGUGAACAUCUCUUUGUAUCUUUUGGAAACAAAGCUCCUCACAGCAGUCCAUUGGUAAAGAAUAAAUCACCAUUCCUUCCAGGAGGUUUGCGAAUUCCUAAAAGCAUAACUACACAUCCUCAACAUCUUUCCAGAAUGCACAUACCAGAAGUAAUCCAAUUGAAAGAUAUUGUUUGUUAUCUUUCCCUUCUUGAAAGAGGGAGACCUGAAGACAAAUUAGAAUUUAUGUUUCGCUUGUAUGACACAGAUGGAAACGGCUACCUGGAUAGUUCGGAACUUGAAAACAUCAUUACUCAAAUGAUGCAUGUUGCAGAAUAUCUUGAAUGGGAUGUCACUGAACUCAGUCCAAUUCUUCAUGAGAUGAUGGAAGAAAUUGAUUAUGAUCAUGAUGGCACAGUUUCCUUGGAAGAAUGGAUCCAGGGGGGAAUGACUACGAUCCCACUUUUAGUGUUGCUUGGAUUAGAGAAUAAUGUGAAGGAUGAUGGGCAGCAUGUAUGGAGACUAAAACACUUCAACAAGCCUGCCUACUGUAAUCUCUGUUUGAAUAUGCUCGUAGGAUUAGGCAAACAGGGUCUCUCUUGUUCGUUUUGCAAGUACACUGUCCAUGAGCGAUGUGUCUCAAGAGCACCAGCAUCUUGUAUCAAAACAUAUGUGAAAUCAAAAAAGAAUACUGAAGUUAUGCAUCACUUUUGGGUGGAAGGAAAUUGUCCAACAAAAUGUGAUAAAUGUCAUAAAAUUGUUAAAUGUUACCAAGGAUUGACUGGGUUACAUUGUGUGUGGUGCCAAAUCACACUCCAUAAUAAGUGUGCUUCACAUUUAAAGCCUGAAUGUGAUUGUGGUAUUCUGAAGGACCACAUUCUACCUCCCAUCUCAAUCUGUCCAGUAGUAUUGACUCUACCUCCUUUAGGAGUUUCACUUCCUGAGGAACGCCAAGCAACAAUGAAAAAAGAAAGAAGUAGCUGUCAACAAACAAACAAAGUAGCUGAUCGAAGCAAGGUGCAGAGAGCAAAUUCUCUCACUAUUGAUGGUCAAGGUCUUCAGAUCACACCAGUUUCAGGUACUCAACCACUUCUAGUUUUUGUUAACCCUAAAAGUGGAGGAAAACAAGGAGAAAGAAUUUAUAGGAAAUUUCAGUAUCUUCUGAAUCCUCGUCAGGUUUACAGCCUUUCAGGAAAUGGACCAAUGCCAGGAUUAAAUUUUUUUCGAGAUGUUUCUGAUUUUAGAGUAUUGGCAUGUGGUGGUGAUGGAACCGUAGGUUGGAUUUUAGACUGCAUAGAGAAAGCAAAUUUGAUUAAGCAUCCUCCUGUUGCUAUUCUCCCUCUUGGAACUGGGAAUGACUUAGCCAGAUGUCUGAGAUGGGGAGGAGGAUAUGAAGGGGAGAAUCUUCUCCAGAUUUUAAAAGAUAUUGAGAACGGUACCGAAAUCUUGCUGGACAGGUGGAAAUUUGAAGUCAUACCUAAUGAUAAAGAUGAAAAAGGAGAUCCUGUGCCUUACAGCAUCAUUAAUAAUUACUUUUCAAUUGGAGUGGAUGCUUCAAUUGCUCACAGAUUUCACAUUAUGCGAGAAAAACAUCCAGAGAAGUUCAAUAGCAGAAUGAAGAAUAAAUUUUGGUAUUUUGAAUUCGGCACUUCUGAAACUUUCUCAGCUACUUGUAAGAAGCUGCAUGAAUCUUUGGAAAUAGAAUGUGAUGGAAUUCAGAUAGAUCUGAAUAAUAUUUCUCUGGAAGGAAUUGCUAUUUUGAACAUUCCAAGCAUGCAUGGAGGAUCAAAUCUUUGGGGUGAGACCAAGAAAAGGCGAAGCCAUCGUCGAUUUGAAAAAAAUAGGCCAGAUAAAAGGAUCACUGUUACAGAUGCUAAGGAAUUGAAGUUUGCAUGCCAAGACCUAAGUGAUCAAUUGGUAGAAGUGGUUGGCCUGGAAGGAGCCAUGGAAAUGGGACAAAUAUAUACUGGACUGAAAAGUGCAGGAAGACGUCUUUCUCAGUGUUCUUCUGUUGUCAUUAGGACUAGCAAAUCUUUGCCUAUGCAGAUUGAUGGGGAGCCAUGGAUGCAAACACCUUGUACAAUAAAAAUUACCCACAAGAAUCAAGCUCCAGUUCUGAUGGGGCCUCCUCCAAAAACUGGCCUUUUCUCUUCCAUCAUUAAAAGAACAAGGAACUAAAGCAAAUAGUCGUUCAAACCUUACAAAAUGAAAUGAACAGGGAUGUAGACUGGAAAUCUUUCAAGGGUUUUUAAAAUAUUCUCUACUGCAUAAUCAUAGAAGCAGGAAUAACAGUUGCUGUGACAGAGCUAAUGUAAAAUGAUGUUAUUAGAAUAAUUUGUUGCCACAGUUUUGUAGGCAUUUUGCAUGAAGAAAGCUAAUGUUUACAUAAACUGAUAAAACAUAUUUUUGUUGCAUGCAUUACAGUCACUAAUUUACAGUAUAAAUAUACUAUGGACGGGGGAGAAGGAAUUACAACACUGUUAGAAAUGAGAUUUUCAUACAAUAUGAUUCUCAACCUGCUUGCUUCAGUUUUUAGAUGAGAUAUUUAAUUCCUUGGACCUCUUCAGGCCUUUACUGAGGAAAAUAUAGAGAGAUUUGUUGUAACCUUACUACUUACUGCUUACAAAUAAAUAACACUUCACCAGUUGUCCUCCUAAAGAAAAGUAGUCCAGAUUAGUGUGGAUCCAAUUCAUUUCAAGACUGAAAUAUGAAAGAUUCAUUUAUUUUUCUGCCUUUAGCUUCACUCAGAAACAUAUUUAACAGAUAAUACAUCCCAUUAUUCAUAUGAGGAUUAACUUUCACAUAAGCAUGUUUAGGAUUAUGUUGUUUACAUUUCACAUUGUUAUCACAUUUAUAAACAUUUCCACCAAGAUGUAGGCAUAAGAGUAGAAUUUAAAUAAAUGUUGCUAACUUUUUUCUGAAAUAAUGAGCUGUUUCACAGAAGAAGCCCCGAAUUUAUCUAGCACUGGUUGAACCUGAAUGCUCACCCAUUCUUGUCUCUCCAAUAAAUAUAAUUAUUUGAUUCCUGUGUUUUCAAGUAAUUGUCACAGUCACAUCUCAUUAUAUGCUAUAAAUGGAAUAUGCAAAAAUUAGCUAGUAAUGUUUGAUCUUUUGAUGUCAGUUUUAAAUAUUCCACUGCACCAGUGCAGAUAUAAAUAAGUAAAUAAUAUGCCUAAUAAACAACAUUUCUCUUUCCAUCAAUCAACAUAGUAAGUAUAUGAGGAAUUAGAUCAAUGAUAAAUAAUCCAUUUUCUGGAUAAACUUCAUUUUUCCAAUCUCUUAAUUACAUUAAGCAUAUAGAAGUAACUAUGGAAGAACAGGGACUGAAAUUCACAAGUAAUAUCCAUAGAGGUUCAUAACUUUGUGUAAUUAUUUAAAUUUUAUCAAUGAAUGAUUACUAGCUCAUCUUAGAUAUAAGAGUACUAAUAUGUGGAUAGACCAUAUUUAUUGUGGCAUUUUAUGUAGUAUAAAGUAAGCAAAUCAUUCACUCAAGAGCUUCGCUGUAUACAGCAGCUUCUGUAAUUGAUACAAGCCCUUGUUCUAUUCUAUACAUGUCCUUGUGGGACAGAGUUUAUGUCCUGAUGCUGCUUUCAUUCUUCUGAUGGAAGCAGUAAGAGCAAAGCCACAAAUGGAGAGAGUAAAUAUCAACCACAUCAAUCACAACAGGGGAGCCAUCUUAAAAUUCAGCUGGUUUCCUGGGACCCCAGGUUUCUGGGACCCCUAAUAACAUAACCUAGUCUUGAGGAACUUACAAACAUCACCUUAGAAUAAUACAUCUUCUAAGUGUCUACCUUUCACAAGUAUACAAGAGGCCCAGUAGAGAUACUGGAUUUGGAAAAUUCUUAAGCCCAUUUUAAUUCUUAAGGGUUCUAAAGAAGUAAAAGAAGAUAGUUCUUCCUUUAUUCUAGUUUUCAUAUACAUAAUAGGGAGUGACUGUUUGCAGCCUUUUAUAUCUUUGGGAAUUAUUCAUAAAUUUUGAAACCCAUUUUUCUAGAACUCUAAAUGGUGUAGAAAGCUUGUAAAAUUUAAGGUCAAUUGUGGCAGGAAAGCAGGUCAAAAUGCUGAGAUACAAAAAAUUAUUUUUGCUAUUCUUUUGUAUAUUAAAUAAUGGGAAAUCUUUUUACAAGUUCUCCAAACCUUAUUAGAUUUUGUAUUCUGACAUGAGAUAUCAUGCCAGACCCUUAAAUGUUUUAAGAUUUUAGUAUUCUCUUAGGAGAUUGCUAAAAUCUUGCAAGAAUUGGGAUGAUUGUUUUUAAUUGAAGGGUUGUGACCAGGCCAUCAUGGAAGAUUGUGCCUUGCAUUUGAAAAAGUUAGAACUGCAGUAUUGAGAUUUAACAUACUAAGACAAUUGAACAACAUGAAAAUUAUGUGAUAAAAUCUUUCUUGAAUCCAAUAAUUUAUACUGAAGUUGUUCUUUCUCUUUUAUGGCUUCUUAAAAAUGCAUUUAAUUGCUUCAAAGCUGCAAUACACUUUGUGUGAUCUUAAUAGUACUCCCUCCUGGUGAAGCCCCUCACUGCUUUGCUAUUGCAAAAAUUUUAUAUGUACAACAAAAGUCUUUGUCUAGACUUAAUCAGAAUAGACACAUUUAAGAGAUGGGUCUAUUUCAGAGUUAUACUCCAAGUGUCAGGUAAGCAUGGCUGAAACACUUUGUGAUUUCUUUUUCUCUUAGUUGAGAAUUGCUUGAUUUGUAUUGUUGUAUCUCUUCUUUUUCUACCAUAAACUUGCUACCAUAAAUACUUGUUUAAAAUGCAUGGAUUAUUAAUGUCUUUAUUAAUCUAAACCAUAUAUUGCUAGUUAUCAGUCAAAUGUCUUUUCAAGUUGAUUCACUUAUCUAUAUGAAAUGUAAAAAGUAUUCACAUGUAAUGCACAAUGUGGUACAUAUGCACAUGUUACAGAAUUUGAUUGAUUUUGUCUGUAUGUAAUUGAAGAUAAAUCUAGAGAAGCCAUUAUUGGUUAUGACAGGUACAUGAAAAUAUUCUUAAUACUCAGUAAACAUUAGCAGAAUACCAAUUAAUAUGGCAUUCAAGUUGAGAAAUAAGAUACCUGUCACCAAACAUAAGGCUAUAGAGUUUAACAACCAUGGAUACUGUGAUGUUAACAACUAUGUUACAUGCAUAACAGUGAAAGUAUUAUCAUUUUCUUAUGAGCUACAUGAAAAUGUCCACUACAUUUAAUACAAUGCUUACCUAUUAUGCUUCUAAGAUAAAUUUAUCUCAUUUAGUAUCACAUAAUGUGUAUGUACAUUUUAUGAAAUUAUAGCUACCGUAAUAAAUAUUUAGCUACCAUAAUAAAUAUUUUCUCAUA